UCUUCAAAAUUCGCUAUCCAUUUCAUUUUCUUCAACAACUUUUCUCUCUGUUUUACUGUUCCCCAAACCCUCUCUUCUAAUCCAAGUUUCUCUUUCUCUUCAACCUCACAUCUCCCUCAUGGGCUCUUCAUAUUCAAAUUUUCCCUUCUUUUCUCUGGUUUUUUUGGUUUAUACUCAUUGUUCUUGCGAUUAAUGAAGAGAUUAGUAGAUUGCAGUUUUGGUAGGAUCUGGGAGUGGAAGGAUAAUGCAGAGUUGUUUUCCUGAUAAGAACUUCAUCUCAUACUUCCUUGAUUUCCUUCGGCUGUUUCCCGCUUCUUCUUCGUUUCUUUGGGCAAUGAGGGUUCAUUGAGCUAUCUGGAUUUUGUUCUUCUUUGGAAAAACUGAAGAGAGAAUGGAAUAUUUCGCUUCCGUUCAGAUUUUCUGUAUGAUCUUUGCAGUUCUGACUGUGACCGGUGAUUCCUUGGCAUCGGAUGAAGCAUCGGCUCUUAAAAUUUUCAAACAACAAAUAUCUAAAGAUCCAAAGCGAGUUUUAUCAAAUUGGAAUUUACAAGUUGAAAAUCCCUGUAACUGGUCUGGCAUUGCCUGUUCUUCAGAUGGUGGCCAUGUUAUAAAGCUUNAUGUUUCUGGGGCAUUGCUGCAAGGGUUUCUAGCACCAAGCUUGGGUCAACUCAGCUUCCUGCAAGAAUUGUAUCUUCAUGGCAACAAUCUGCUUGGAACAAUACCUAAGGAGCUGGGGUUAUUAAAGAAACUUAAGGUUCUUGAUUUGGGGAGGAAUCAACUCUCAGGCUCCAUCCCUUCAGAGAUUGGGAGUUUGUCAGAUAUUCUGAAAAUCAACUUUGGAUCGAAUGGAUUGACCGGGAGGCUACCCCCGGAGCUCGGAAAUUUGAGAUACCUCAGAGAACUUAGGUUAGAUAGGAAUAAACUUCAAGGAUCUAUUCCAGAUGGUGAUAUCUUAGAACUUACAUCCAAUAUGCAUAGAAUGUAUGCAUCAAAUGCAACUGGACUCUGUCACUCAACUGAGCUCAAGUUUGCAGAUUUUUCAUACAAUUUCUUUGUUGGGAAAGUACCCAAGUGCUUGGACUAUCUUCCAAGGUCAAGUUUUCGAGGGAACUGUUUUCAUUUCAAUGAUCCUAAACAGCGAACUGCAGCUCAAUGUGGUGGUGGUUCUCCACCUGCUGAAUCACAUCCAGGAGGUAGCUCGAAGCACGUACCUGUUCAGCAUGCUUCCAAACACCAAAGAACUUCAAAACCUGCCUGGCUUCUAACCCUUGAAGUCAUUACUGGAAUCAUGACGGGUUCUUUAUUUAUUGUUGCUGUGAUCACUUCUCUUCGAAAAUGCACGGGUAAAUCCUCGAUCAUCAUUCCGUGGAAGAAAUUCUCAAGUGGGAAGGACCAUGAUAGCCUUUACAUCGACACUGAGAUGCUGAAAGACGUACCAAGCAUCACUAGGCAAGAGCUUGAUGUAGCCUGCGAAGAUUUCAGUAAUAUCAUUGGCUCCUCACCGGACAGUAUAGUAUACAAGGGCACCAUGAAAGGUGGGCCUGAGAUUGCUGUUAUCUCAAUAUGCAUUAAAGAAGAAAACUGGACAGACUAUCUUGAGCUCUAUUUUCAGCGAGAGGUGGCAGAUCUAGCAAGACUAAAUCAGGAGAAUGUAGGAAAGUUGCUAGGCUAUUGUAAAGAAAGCAGUCCAUUUACAAGGAUGUUGGUUUUUCAAUACGCAUCGAAUGGAACAUUAUACGAGCACCUUCAUUAUGGAGAAGGUUGUUUCUCCUGGACACGACGUAUGAAUAUUAUCUUAGGCAUUGCUCGUGGUCUUAAGUAUCUUCAUAGUGAACUCCAACCACCAUUUACUAUAUCAGAGUUGAAUUCUGGUUCUGUAUAUCUUACGGAUGAUUUCUCACCGAAGCUGGUUGACUUUGAAAGCUGGAAGACCAUUCUUUCAAGGUCAGAAAAAAACUCAGGCUCCAUUGGAAACCAAGUCACUCAAUGUAUUCUUCCAAAUUCUCUCGAACCACGCUAUCUCGACAUAGAAAGUAACAUCUACGCCUUCGGUGUUAUUUUACUGGAAGUAGUCAGUGGGAGACCUCCAUACUGUAAGGACAAAGAAUGCUUGGUAGACUGGGCCAAGGAAUACCUCGAAUCGCCAGACGAGAUGUUUCACUUGGUAGACCCAGAAGUGAAGCAUUUUGCAGAUGAAGAUCUGAGGACGAUAUGCGAGGUGGUAAGUCUUUGCAUUCAUCCACAACCCACGAAGCUGAUUUGUAUGCGGGACAUAUGCAGCAUGCUGGAGACCAGAAUUGACACCUCGGUCUCUGUUGAGUUGAAGGCGUCUUCUCUUGCUUGGGCUGAACUUGCACUUUCUUCAUAGAUCAGGUUUGAGCUAACACAUAGAUGAUCAGAUAUAUAAAUAUAUAUACACAAAUGUAUUACCUUUUCUUCUUCCAGUUUGAGUUUCCUUCUUUGUUCUUGUAAA